AUGGCACGUAUAGUGCCUGUCGCCGCCGCCCUGUGCGCUUUGAUGGUCUUUCUGCGGGCCUGCCAGACAGAAGCGCAACCUUUCAAUGUCACACUUGUAGCGCAACUUUUGAAUGCCACAUUUCCGAGUCCAGCAAAUGCGACUUUGGCAAAGCCCAAUACGACCUGCGUGGGAUACACAGACCGUGCAAGCCUGCUGGCAAAACUCGACUCUGCGAGAUCGGGGGAGGUUAUUGUCAUCUGCAGCGACAUCAUGAUCGACUUAGAUUACGAUGACUAUCUACUGUACGUCAACAGUUCGGUUACAAUCAUUGGAGGCAACACCACCACCGGCCGUCCAUACGUGAUCCACGGGAGCUACACUUCUCCACUUUUCAGAGUUGCAGGAUCGGUGGGCCCUGUUGUCUUCCAGAACUUAGAGCUCUCAUCUGCCUAUGGACCCUAUUUUGGAGGCGCGGUCGAUGUCGGAAAGAACGCGGUGGUCAGCUUUAUCAACGUCGCUUUCACCAACAAUUACGCUGAGUACGGAGGCGCCGUGUACACCGAAGGAAACACGACCUUCCUCGGAUGUGUUUUCGUCAAUAACACUGCCAAAGAAUGGGGAGGCGCUGUCCACCUCGAAAACUACGUUGGAGGGAUAGCUUUGAGCGUCAAGGACAGCAUCUUCUAUGCCUCCGUUUCCGGCAAGGUCGGGGGCGCACUUUCCAUCUUGAGUGGCACUUACGAUCCGAACUACGCCACUAUCACAGACAGCGUGUUCGUUGAAAGCAAAGCUACUGAGAAGGGAGGCGCUAUCUACGCGUACGCAGGACAGAACGGGACCCCAGGAAUCAACGCGACCAUUACGUACAACGACUUUAUCAACGGAACUACUACCAACGGGACGUUACCGGCGCUCGGAGGCGGUGCCGUCUACAUGGGCGGCGACGGUACGACCGGUUUCUUCGCCGGUAACUCCUUCAAAAACAAUAAAGCGCCACGUGGCGGCGCAAUCUACGUGUACGGCUCGCUCAACACGUCUUUCUGCGGCGGGGACAGUUUCACAGCGAACGUGGCGCAAACGGGCCUGGGCGACAACGUCUAUAUGUACGGCACAUACGGUUUAAGCGCCACGUCAUUCUGCCCCGCGAUCCCCUUGGGAGUGGUCAACGCGCCGAAUCAGCAGACGCCUUACGUGUACAACGGCUACUCUAACGCAAGCUGCGUCGAUUGCGACCCUAAAAUGAUCUGCGACAAGAACGCGACGGGGAUCCUCACGCCCGUCGGCGUCGAUUGCACGUGCAACGGGGGCUUCUACGGCAGCGGCUACGCGUGCUAUCCGCUCGGCUAUAACAAGACCUCCUCCUUUAGUCUGGCGACCACGCUUAUUGCAAAGGCGACCAACACAACCGCCAACCUCACCAGGCUUGCCAACUUUACGACGGUGUCGAAUCCGACCUCGGUCAACGCCACUGCUCGGUAG